UGGUACUUCGGACUUUCAGGCCGGCGGUGCGCGCUCCGGAGGCUCCUGUCAGUUGCGGGCGCGACUGAUCUCAAGGAGGCCCUCGGGCGGCCGCUGCUGCCUCGUGCGUCGCAGCCUGGACCUCUGGUGGCCGUCCCAGGCGGCAGGAGUUGGCGGCGGAAUGUGCUCGGAGAGGGAGCUACUGCGGGGCGGCGGCGGCGGGGAGCGCGACGAGGACGGGGACGCCCUAGCGGAGCGGGCGGCCGCGGGGACCGAGCGGGAGCCCGGAGCGAGCCCGCGGCGGCGCGGGUUGCGGCCGAAAAAGGAGAGCGAGCAGGAUAAUGAAGAAUCACAAAACCACACUGGUGAGCCUAUUGGAGAUGACUACAAAAAGUUGGGAACACUUUUUGGUGAACUGAACAAAAGCCUCAUCGACAUGGGCUUCACAAGGAUGUAUUUUGGAGAGCGAAUUGUGGAACCAGUAAUAGUCAUUUUCUUUUGGGUUAUGCUGUGGUUCCUUGGUCUACAAGCCCUUGGACUAGUUGCUGUUCUUUGCCUUGUCAUUAUUUAUGUGCAACAGUAAAAACAUGGCUGAAUGUCAUUGUUUGAUAUUUGGUAGCCAUAUAUGUAAUUGAUGAAGUUAUAUACUUUACUUUUUUGAAAGCAGCAAAAGUUUGCCUUGUUCAAAUUGUGUGCUGGCUGUUUUGUAAUUAAAUUUAUAAGUGGAUGUUGUUUAAAUUCAACUCUAUUAUAACAGGGUUGAACAUAUGUUUUGAGUAUAGAUUAGCUUAUUCGAAACUCUUGUUUCAUUUCUUUGAUCUGUGCACCCCUUAGAUACCUCUAUCCCCGUGCCAAAUCUUAACUACCACCACCACAAAGUCAGCAGGGAAAAUAAUGGGAUAUGAAAUUCAAAUCAAGCAAUAUAGUUCUUGUAAUGAGUUCCAAUAAAACAUUUUAGAAGAAAAAGGAUGAAACAAGCUAAAAAAAUAGGUUAAUUGGAAAGAUGCUCCCUACCUACCCCCAUCAAAUAAUCCCACGUUAUUUGGGAAGUAUUCAAAUGUCUAUUUCUAUUGUUCCUGUUCAUCCCAAACCAAGGUAAAUGAUAAUAACCAUACACUACCUUAAUAUUGUGGUAAAAAUCGGUAAAGCUAGCAUGUUUUCUAAAGAUUGAAACAAAUAUAUUUAUUAUUUACUGGGAAAGUUCCCAGGUUAAAUAUAACUUUUUUAUAAUGUAACACUUGGGCCUGGAAUUUCUUCAGUACAUCAUUUGAAGUUUUAGACUAGGUUUUGGUGCUAAUUACUUUUGUGAGUUUUUAAAAUUUCGUAAGCCUACUUGACUGCACCCUAUGGUAAUGCUAUAUUUUCUUGUAUCUGACAAGUUGCAUAUUUUUUCCUAGAAAGACAUUUUCAGUGUAUUUUUUUCAGAAAUUUAUAAUUUUAUAGUUCUUUUAUAAAAAUUAUUCUAAGACUUAAAACAAUGUAUUUCCUAUCUUGGUAUGGAUUCUUCCCCCCAAAAAAUUUUGAUUUACAUUUUACUGUUAUUUUAAGAAAAAAAAUCAGAUAAUUUUUCUUUGAUAUCUGUGUUAGAAAGUACAGUACUACAGUAUAAAACCAAAUGCUUAAACUUAGAACUUAACAUCCAAUUGUAGUAAUAUUCUUCUAAAGCAAAAGCUGAGUUAGUAAUUGGCUAACCAUGUUAUUAAUGUGUCCUAAUUCAGCACUUUGGAGUCUUCUAUUGAAAUAAGCAUUUCUUUCAAACACAGUUUGAAAAUGAAAAAUGGCUUCAGUGAUAUUUUGGGUUUUGUUAUAGAACCUAAAAUCUUUACCCUUUUGUCUCAAAGACUAUCUAUAUAAACAAAAAAGAGAUAGUUAAGAUAAUUAUCUAAGAAUUCAAGUGAAAUACUUGAGGAAAAUGGGGCCAAGGGGCACUUUUAUCUCCGGUAAGGCAAUGACUAAAGCAUGUAGAGUGUUUACUAUUCCAAUUUGUAAAGUUGUUACUCAAUCCUGUUUAUUCUGUGUUUUCUUGGUGUCUUUCCAUUUUGAAGUAGAAAAUAAUGAAAAACUUUUAACUUAGAUUUCUAAAACCAGAUAAUCCUAAAUAAAAAUACCAGCCAGGAGGCACUAAAAAGUGUUGUUCAUUUGUAUAAAUACAGGCCUUUUAAAAUGUGAAUUUUAAAAAACAAAAUACUUUGUACUAUAUCAUUGUGUUUAUAUUGGGUUUGCAAUAUUUUUAUAGUAACCUUUAUGAACUCAGUGGAAGUGCAAGUUGUUUGAAAAGGUGUUUUCAUUUGUACCCAGUAGAAUUCCUAGGUUUUCAAUAAAAGUCAUGAGAUUGUGUACAUUUGCAUAAAAUAUUAAUAAGUACAUUCUUUUCUAAUGCUACCAGGAAUUUUAAUUUCCCUUUGGAAUGCAAAAUAGAUACAGUGUACAAAAUAACAGCUCUGGUUUCACCAGCGCCUACUGUUGAAAAUAUUUUUAAAAUAAAUUUUAAUAGUAAUUA